GUAUGUUGAGAAAAUGGGCAAGGACGCAUUUGUGGAGUUCGGAAGAACAGAAAUUAUCUGGAAUAAUCUCAAUCCCGAUUUCGUGAAAAAGUUCAAACUUGAUUACUUUUUUGAAGAACGACAGGAAUUGAAAUUUGAGCUAUAUGACAUGGAUUCGAAAGACCACAACCUUCAAAAACAUGAUUAUCUCGGUGAAGUGCAAUGUAGUCUGGGAGAAAUAUGUAGCAGUCAAAAAUUGAAACUACCAAUAAAAUACAGAAGCAAAUCAAAUUGCGGCACGAUGAUUUUAUCCGCGGAAGAAGUAGGAGAGUCAAGGGAUGUUAUAUCACUGCAAUUCAAGGCGGAAGGACUGGACAAAAUGGAUUUAUUCGGCAAAUCGGACCCAUUCUUGGUGUUCUACAGACAAAAUGACGACGGUCAAAGUUUCACCAUUACUCACAAAACAGAAAAAGUGAAGAGGACAUUGAACCCAACAUGGAAGCCGUUCACUAUACCGGUGAUGGCGUUAUGUGGCAAUGACUACGAUAGAAUACUCAAAGUGGAAUGCUGGGAUUGGAACAUGGGAGGAAGUCACGACCUUAUUGGAGAAUUCACAACAACAAUGAGGCAGCUAACACGGGGAGUCAAUAUGUCAAAUGUAUAUGAGGUCAUCAACUUCGAAAAGAAAAAGAAAAAAUCAAAAUAUAACCAUUCAGGAACAGUAUUACUAGAAAAAUGUCAAGUUCAUCCAAGGUAUUCAUUUCUGGAUUAUAUACGCGGAGGAACGGAGAUCCACACAACAAUAGCAAUUGAUUUUACGUCAUCCAACGGAAAACCAAACGAGCCGGGCUCUUUACACUUUCUUCACGGGGACACGCCGAAUAUUUAUGAAAAAGUGCUUCGGACAGUGGGACGUGUACUUGAAGAUUACGACUCGACAAAAAAAAUCCCCGGCCUCGGUUUCGGAGCAAGAAUUCCCCCCGACGGAAAAGUGGCGUUUGAUUUUUUUCUGAACGGCCAUCCUAACAAUCCAUACUGUCGAGGUAUUAAUGGUGUUAUCGAUGCUUACAAACAUGCCCUCAACACUGUUUAUCUCCACGGACCAACUAAUUUUGCACCGGUAAUCAGACACGUCAGCACGUUUGCCGAUAAUCACAAAGAGGGUCACCACUAUUUUGUUCUUUUAAUCAUCACCGACGGAAGUAUUUCUGAUAUGGCUCGAACAAAAGAUGCGAUUGUUGAGGCGGCUACACUUCCAAUGUCAAUUGUCAUCGUGGGUGUCGGAGAUGAAGAUUUCUCAGCCAUGGAAGAAUUAGAUGGUGACAAUGUACGAGUUACGGGGUCCGAUGGUACUGCGGCUGUACGUGAUAUAGUCCAGUUUGUAUGUUUUCGUGACUUUUUAGACGCCAACAACGACGUCAAAAGCAAAUCGCGUCUUGCCAGAGAGGUGUUGGAAGAAAUACCGGACCAGUUUCUGGAUUGGAUGACAAUGCACGAAGUCAAACCCAGAAAUUUGCCAACAGUGAAACCUAUGUCAUACAAUACCAUUGUGUAACAAUGAUAUUUGUUAUUAUAGGCUGCCAUCAUAAACCGCAAACUUUGUCAUCCGCCGAAUGAACGAAACUGGCUACUCCUUAAUCCAAAAACGGG